AUCUCCCGUGAUUUAUUUUCUAUCCGACAAUUAUUGUUUUAUAAUUUUGUAAGAAUCUUUUUUAAUUUUUUUAUGAUUAAAAUUUAUGCUAAUUGCAGCUAUUUCAAAGAGUCUCUGGUGGGAAUCCAAUGCCGUCACAAGCAAGUGAAACAGCUCUGUCGCUCCCCGCUUUCUCUCGUUCUCUGUGAAAUUUUCAGCUGUUUUUAAUUAUUAUUUUAUCACCAUUAAUCUCCCCUUGAAAAAAGCUUCGUUCUUUACCGUAUCUUUGCUCGCUUCUUAUCUCUCCAUUGGUUUUCUGGUUUCUGCCAUUAAAGCUUCUCUUGCACCUGCAUAACCGACGAAAGAAGCGGCAAGAAUUGUUUUUGUUUGAUUGAGAAGCCGGAAUGAGGUCGGAGACGAGGCUGGCCUCGGCAGUGUUUCAACUCACACCGACGCGGACUAGGUGUGAUCUGGUGAUUAUAGCUAAUGGUAAGACAGAGAAGCUUGCAUCUGGUCUAGUGAAUCCUUUUAUUUCCCAUCUGAAGACUGCCCAGGAUCAGAUUGCAAGAGGUGGCUAUUCGAUCAAACUUGAACCAGAUCCUGGUGCAGAAGCUGCAUGGUUUACAAAGGGCACAGUGGAGAGGUUUGUUCGCUUUGUGAGUACACCAGAAGUCUUGGAAAGAGUAAAUACCAUAGAAUCUGAGAUUUUACAGAUUGAUGAGGCGAUCUCGAUUCAGGGAAAUGAAAAUUUUGGCAUUGGCACUGUGGAAGAACAGCAUCAAAUGAAAUCAAGUGGAAGCAUUGAAGGUAACAAGCCAAUAUUUGAUGCAGAUGCUGAGAAGGCAAUAAUUCUGUAUAAGCCUGUAUCACAUCCCAAUCCACCAGUGUCAAAUGGAUCCAAAGUGCCUGAGGAGAACUCCAAAGUUCAACUUCUAAGAGUUCUUGAGAGCCGCAAAAAGGUUUUGCAGAAGGAACAGGCUAUGGCCUUUGCACGCACCACAGCUGCUGGCUUUGACAUAGAAAACAUGGCCCAUUUAAUAUCCUUUGCUGAGUCAUUUGGUGCUUUCCGACUGAUGGAGGCAUGUGUACAGUAUACGCAGUUAUGGAAAGGAAAGCAUGAAACUGGGCAAUGGAUAGAAGUUGAACCUGCAGAAGCACUGUCUUAUAGGUCCGAAUUUUCUCCUUUGAAUUCAUCUGGGAUUAUUCUUUCGGGAGAUGCCAUUAGACAAAAGGAGUUGGUAGAAGCGUGGCCAGUAUCUAGCCAAGAUACAAGCACAGAGAGCAAUGGAAAUAGCACUAGCCAUGAUAAUGAUAGAGAUAAAAGAUUUCCUUCAGAACCACAGGCACCUCGUGGUCUGCAUGAGUAUUAUCAAGGACAGUUUCAACACCCAGCAUUUCCUCAGUGGCCUAUGCUUUCUCAGACAAACCCUCAUGGAUUUCUUCCACACCAAAUGCAAGCUAUGCCUUACUAUCAAAAUUAUCCAAUGAAUGGCCAAUUCUUUCACCCCCCGCCCACACCAAUGGAAGAACCUAGAUUCAAUACACCAAAAAGAAAGGCGAAAAAGAAGCAUUCCACGAAUAGUGAUAGUACUUCUACUGCAGAAGAUGGUUCAGAUGUAAGUACCUCUGAGUCUGAGGAAGAGUCAUCUAGAGGUCGCAGUUCUCAUCACAAAUCUAGCCAUUCUAGGAAGAAAAAGGGCGUAGUUGUCAUUCGAAACUUAAACUACAUUGCAGGAAAGAGACAUGAGGCAUCUGGAAAUGGAUCAGAAUCUACACAUGACUCUGAAUUUGAAGAAAAUAAGGAUUCAAAAUCUUCAAAGAGAAAAGAUAGCACCACAAAAUCUUUGGAGAUCUCAAAUGUACAGGGAAAGGAUGAAGAUAUAUAUUCACAAGAAGCAGAUGCUGGAAAUUGGCAAGCAUUUCAAAGUUUCUUAUUGAGAGCUGAAGAGAAAAUGACCAGUGCCGUUAAUGGAGACAUAUUGUCUUUUGAGAAGAAGCCUUUAGUGAAGAAAGGGCAAAAUAAUGUUGAACCUGAUCCUAUCCUUCUUCCUGAUAGGGAAUCUAGUAGUUAUCAGGAAGAAAGUAUCAUUGAGUAUGAUGUAAUUAGUGGCAAGGGAAACCGACCAAAGCAUGCUGUUUCAGCUGAUGAAUGUUUAGUAGCAAGUGAAGUUAGAAACCUGAAAGGCAACAUGACAGCCUCUCAGUUCAAAGAAAUAGAAGGUGGAGUUGGUGGAUAUCGAAAAGCUACAAGUGAUGCUUUCAUUAUGUAUGGUCGGGAGAAGCAGAUUCGAAGCAAGAAUUCUUCAGAUCCUCUUGUUGAUUUUGAACAUGAGUAUGGUGGCAAUUCUGAGAAGAGCUUCUCACAAAAUGUAAAUGAUGAGUCCUUCAUGGUUCCUUUACGGCCAGGCUCACAAGAUCUGCAUGGAGCAGAUAGAAGGCUUACUAUUGACUUGGAGUCUGAAUUCCCUUCUGUUAUUCAGAGAAAUGAGGAUUCUAACAAUAAGGGAACUUCUAGCAUUCCUUAUGAGCCAGAUGAUUUGACCUUGAUGAUUGGACGUGCAAGAGAGAGUGAAUCAGUUGGCUAUGAUCCAGCUUUAGAUUAUGACAUUCAAGUCCCUCUUGUUGUCAAACAUGAAUCCAAGAAGCAAGAAGAUGAUGUCUUGGCAAAUACUAAUAUAGGAUUGAUGAAGACUGUCAAGGAAAAGAAGCUGAAAUCUCCUCAGGGUGGAUUGGAGAAGAAAAGAAAGGAUGCAAUGAUGACGAAGAUGUCAUCUUCAAGGUCCACCCCUUUGAAUGAAGCACAAAAGAGAGCAGAAAAACUACGAAGCUACAAAGCUGAUCUUCAAAAGCUUAAGAAAGAACAGGAAGCAGAGGAGAUAAGAAGGUUGGAAGCUUUGAAAAGAGAACGGCAGAAACGGAUAGCUGCAAGAAGUGGUUCCAAUGCUGUUCAAUCACCAGCUACCCCACAACAGCACAAACCGAGGUUGCCUACAAAAGUUUCACCAAGUUCUUUCAAAAGCUCCAAAUUCACUGAUUCGGAACCUGGAUCAAAUUCUCCUCUACAAAAAUUGCCAACUAAUAUUGGUUCAAUUGGAUCCAAUGAUGGUGACAAAGCAUCUAAACCGCCAAGAUCAAAUGACUUGAGUCGUUCUGCAUCAUCAUUGGCUGAGUUCAAGAAAGAAAGCAUGAAACAAGUGGGAAGUUCAGCUUCUGAGCGAAUUAGAAGACUCUCAGAACCCAAAGCCAGUAGUGCACGUAGUGUUCCAGCGAAAUCCGCAAACACUAUUCAAGUAAAUAAGAAACCAUCAUCUGAGGAGCCACAAUCAAAAAAGAUAUCUGCAAUAAUACAGCUAGACAGAACCAAGUCAGAAACCCUGCCAGAACUGAAGAUAAAAGCAUAUAGAACCCCUCAGGAAGCAGUAAAGAACAAGCCAGUAACUAAGCUGCAGAAAGGGGCUGGAAGCAGAACUUCUGUGAUCUCUGAAAGCAGCCAUUGUGAUACGAAGGUUGAGAAGACCCACAGUUUUAGCUACAGUGAUGACAAUCCUGUGAUUGAGAAAACUGUGGUGAUGCUUGAAAAUGAAGUUGUCCACACUUUGCCAGUUCAGACACCUGAAGGGAAGAUAGGUCCAGUGGAUAAAUCAUACAGGAAUGACAAACAAGCUAUAGCUGGAAUAGAUGCUGGAUAUAAUGCUAUUCGGGCACCGCCUUCACAAAUUUAUGGAGUUGAAAUUGAAAAUCCAACCGAAGGCAACCAGAAUGAUGGACUGGACUCUUAUGAGCUUGUAAAUCAUGUUUCAAAGGACGAAUCUGAGAAGUUCUUGGAUCGAACUGUCCCUGAGAUUCCUUAUCGAGCUCCAUUUGCAAGAGCAUCAUCUUUGGAAGACCCUGCUACUGGUUUUUUUCAAAACGCUGAUGUACCACCGCUUAUAAACACUGAAAUGACUGUGACUGAUACUCAAACUAUCAAGGCUCAUAUACACAUCUCAGAUACGAGCGUGGUGGACCAAACAGAUGAAUCACAUGAGAAGACGCGAAACAAAGAAUCAAAGGGUCUUAAAAAGCUCUGGAAAUUUGCAAGAAAAGGGCACAGCUCUGGUUCAGGUGAUGGUAACCUGGAUUCAAAUGGAUCAGUUGUUGAUGAUCAGAUGGCUACUCCCUCUUCUAGUGACACUUCUCGUCCAUUCUCCAUCCUCUCGCCAUUUCGAGGGAGGAGCAAUGAAAAGAAAGUUGCAGCUUGAGCAUGACAAGCUUAGACCAGUGAUUUUGUUUUUGAUAUUGGGCUGUUUGCUUUUUGUAUUUAUGUAAGCAUUUCAAUUUGAAAUGUGUAUUUGUUCAAAUUGAUUUCUUGCAGUUUAUAAAAAUUGAAUGCUGUAUUUGAAUGAUUAUGUCAUCUUCAGUUGGGUGCUUAGUGACAGACAAAAGAGUGAGAUCUGUGCUUUAUCAAUAUUUUGGAUUCCACCUCUCUGCAACAGGAGAAACAAAAAAAUUUGUAAUAUGUAUGCUGUUAAGGCCUCAUUUCUUCGUA